AGAUCAUAAAAAGGGCCUGUUUAGAAAAUUUCUCCUCCUAAUUCUCUAUACGUGAACUGUCCACCACCAUUAUCUGCAGAGCCUAGUUUUGGACUCGGCGACCAUCAUCACUUGAGCUAGAAAUGGAGGAGCCCUUCAGCAAGGGAUCAACAAAGAGGACCGCAGUAGUAACAGGAGCAAACAAAGGGAUCGGGUUGGAGAUUUGCAGGCAGCUAUCGUCUCGAGGGGUCCUGGUCGUGUUGACAGCCAGAGACGAGAGGAGGGGCACCGAAGCCGUUGAGGAGCUCAGAAGCUCCGGACUCUCUGACGUCUUGUUUCAUCAGCUUGAUGUGGCCGACCCUUCUAGUGUUUCCUCCCUGGCAAAUUUCGUCAAGACCCAAUUUGGGAAGCUUGAUAUUUUGGUGAAUAAUGCAGGGGUUAGUGGCCUAGAAGUAAAUCCUCAGGAAGUUGCUUCGUUGGAAGAGAAAGAUAACCAAUCAAGGGCAAAUAAGAUAGCAGAAUUAGCACGAGAGACCCAUGAGACGGCGUUAGAAUGCUUGAACGCAAACUAUUAUGGUGUCAAGAGAGUAACUGAAGCACUCCUGCCCCUUCUCGAGCUAGCAGAUUCACCAAAUAUUGUGAUUGUUUCCUCUACCCUUGGGCAGCUUAAGAAUAUCCCGAGUGAAAUCAUCAGAAAACAAAUGGGUACUGUCGAUGAACAAACAGAAGAGAGGCUGGACGAACUGUUGCAGUCCUUCCUAAAAGAUCUCAAGGAGCAAAAGCUCGAAGAAAAUGGCUGGCCAACAAAUUUAUCAGCAUACAAAGUUUCGAAAGCAGCUGUGAGCACCUACACGAGGGUCCUUGCAGCGAAACAUCCCAAGUUCCGAAUUAACUGCGUCUGUCCUGGAUUUGUGAAGACAGAUAUAAACUUCAACAGUGGUAUUCUGAGUGUCGAAGAAGGAGCGAAAGGCCCUGUGAAGUUGGCUUUGUUGCCUGCAGAUGGGAGCCCCACUGGCCUUUUCUAUCAGCAAACGAAUUUAUCAACAUUUGAGUAAGUAUGUAACUACUGAACUUUGUAAUGCAUAUAUGAAACCAUGAUAUGUACUUGCUAAAGUUGGACAGAAACUACAGUAAAUAUCUACAAUGAGUGUAACUCUUAUGGGCGGAAACUGCAAUCUUAAACAGCUGAAUGAUAUACCAGAUAUUUGGUUAUUCUUGCUU